CCCGGAUUUGACCUGUUCGUGCUACUGGCAGGAACACGUAGCUAGCUAACAAAGCUUGAAAUGCAACAUCUCAAGGAAAAAGGUCCAUUUCUUCCCCCAGCGUCUCUGCGUCUUUUGGUUCCUCCGCUGCGGCUGGUGUCUGCAGCUCUAUGGCAGGUUGUUCAGCGGAGAGACGUCAUGGACUACGGCUUGGUGGAGGAGUUUGUCGUCACUGUGUUGGACGUAGUCCCAGAUCUGAUGAGUUACAGAGAGAAAGUCCAACUCAUCAUGGGUCUGAGAGCACAGCUGGUUCUGAAGUUGUUGUUCUCAGAACACCUCGACUCUGACACCAUCCAGUCACACCUGAAUCGGAUGAAAAGCUGUAGCAUCACUCAUAGGGACAACCAGAUUUGUGAUCCUGAGGUGGAGGCAUCAGAAUCCAACUUCCUGAAGCUGAUUAAAACGCUGCUGGAAGACCCAGUUGAGAGGGAACGCUUCUUUCAGAACGUUUUUCCAGAGGAAUUUGGCUCAAAGUAUCACUCUGCACUGCAGACUCUGGUGUGGGAGUUCCUCUCCAGACUGGAGAAGCUGCUUCCAAUACCGACCCUUCAACAGAUUGCAUCUUGGUUUCUACCUGACCCCUCUGUUCUGGAGGAGUGUGGGCAGUCUGUGCAUCACCCUCAACCUUUGAGGACCCUUCUCCAGUACCACACCAACCUUUCUCCAAUCCCACAUGUUGAGGCCAAUGAGGACCACAUCCUGUCUCCAUCUCCCCGAGAGUCAUCCACUGACCAAGCUGACCCAGAGAUCCAAUCAGAAGCCAUACAGACAUGUAUGACCAUUCAAAGCCCUGCAUCAUGUUGCUCAAUCCGACUGUGUGAAGAAUCCACUUGAACGCCUCUCCAACUGGGAACUACUUGUGAAGGAAACGUAUCUGUCAUCUCUGAGCUUCCGGCUUCUGCCACAUGCGGAACUCUGACGUCACAAAGGAAAUCACCUUUGAUAACAGCAUUUUUUUUGGCAGUUAAAUGCAACAACAAAACAUUAUUUAUGAAACCAUUUAAACAAAAAAAAUCUAUUAAUAUGUUUUUUUUGAAAAUAAGUUAGUGAGCAGGUUGCUGUACAUUCAGUUUGUGGUUGACACAGCUUUGCCAUCCAGCCAAUCGGCGUUUUCUAAAUUGGUUUAAAGCAUGUGAAUGUACUCAACUCGUUGCGCCCAGUUUCCCAUUUGUCAUGAAGGCAGCAUAAAGCACGUCCAUAGGAAGUGGCGCAGGUGCAUGCCAUUACGGUUUGGAAUGGAGACAUCAACUUACGAUUUUAACGAGGUUAUCAAUUAGUCUAUUAGACCAAUGUCAAUGGGGAUGUUACCAAAUGCAAUAGACCUUAUACCACCCGUCGCAUAAAUAAGGUCAAUUAAGUACGACAUGAAUGGUUUAAAAAAAAUUGUCUUGCACAAUUGUCCAUGGCUGUCUAAUUGCAACGAUCCAGAACUUUCUGAGAGUUGAUUAAAUAUUGUCGGGUUCUCUGAUUGGAGGAAUCACUGAAGACUGAAACGCCUAUAAAAUGCUGUUUUAACAGAUCUCUCAGUGGGCAGAUGUUCCAUUGGGUACGUUGUUGGGGAGGGAUGAUGCACUGUCCAGUUUCAAGCACACGUGUAGAAGUCUGAAUACUGCGGCUCGUGCCAGUAAACUCGUAAUUCAGCCAACUCUGAAAAGAGCACUAGUCAUUUUGAUUUGUGAUAUACACUAAUCAGAUGUAUUUUGUCGGGUAAAUUAGAUUCCUGUUGGGUGGUUCUUAUCAACAGACUAAAACCUUUCUACAUUUUCCACAACAAAAAACUGCUUCUUUGAGUUAAUUUUGAAUUAAGUUAAUUUUGAAUUCUCCAUAUUGAAU